AUGUGGGCAGCGCUGCGCCUCGCGGGCCGCGGCGUGUGGACUCCGCAGGUACGGAGCCCUAUGAUGAGGGUGUCAGAAAUGAUGCGGUAUAAUUUCAUGCCACUCGCUCCUGUGCGCACGAUUUCAACAACGCCGGCCUGGCAAGUAACGCUGCAACAAGCAAUGCGCGGCGCCCGUCGGCCGCACCGGCCGCCCGUCAACCGCACGCCGGCGCUGGAGGGUUGUCCGUUUGUGAAGGGCGUCUGCAUUAAAAUAUUUACGACCAAGCCCAAGAAGCCCAACUCGGCCAUCCGUAAAAUGGCGCGUGUGCGCCUGACGAAUGGGCGUACGGUGACGGCAUACAUUCCGGGUGAGGGCCACAACUUGCAAGAGCACAGUGUGGUGCUUAUGCGAGGAGGCCGUGUGCAGGAUGUACCCGGUGUGCGCUACACACUCGUCCGCGGUGCCCUAGACUUUGGUGGUGUGGUGGGCCGCACGACUUCGCGCUCCAAGUAUGGGGGUAUGUACGAUGUAUGA